CAAAUGUCUUUGUCUCGUCAGCCAGGGAUGGGUUUGCUUGGAAUGCAACUUGCUCUCUACGGCCCACGCAACGCGCCUGAUGCUGAUAGCAACGCAUUCCAGCAGCAGAUUUGGGACUCGAGAUGACGCAUUCCGAGAUUAUUAUCCAGGCAUUGCAUGGCUUGUAAGUGUUUAGGGUUGGGUAUGAGAAUUUUGAUUUGUGUUGUUUUGUUUUAUCCCAUGCCGACCUCGUCUUGAACCGUUUCUCCUCGCUGCCCGUCUGUGUGAAUUUGUUCUCUCCAGUGACUACACUCUUCCGCGGAUUCGUGAAGUUUCUUCCAUGUCCAUGUAAUGCCAAUACGAAGCUUUAUACGUCUUACUAACCAAACUGCCCGUGAGUGAGCGAGGAAGGCGUUAGAAGAAGUACGAAUGCGACCCGAAGGAAAUCAAACACACCUUUGGGAAGUCAGUUCAGGCCUCACCUCGACCUUGGUAUAAGAAAUGUCUUUCUACAUCGGAAGUCGAAACACCGCGUCUACUAUAGCGGCACAUGAGACCGGCGCCGAGAUGGCUCUCUCGACAGGAGCCAUAGCCGGCAUCGCAGUCGGCGGAGCCGUGAUUCUCUUCGCGGCGCUCGCACCUUUGCUCAUCAAACUUGCCAGGAAGCAGGAUGAGCGUCGCGCGUCUAUCUUCCCUGAUGUUGCAGUAGAGUCUGGGGACGCGACAGCGAACGAAACGGGCCCACGGCGACUGCGCAAGAAGAGUUUUAUUGGUGAGCAGGUGGCAGUCAUGAUGGACAAGGACGACGAGGUCGGGAUGGAGGAGAGUAGGAGUAGACGGUCGAGUUUGAACGUCAUAUCUCCCGCUCGAACGCGGCCAGGAAGCUUUUCUGCGGGAGACGGAAGCGGUAGGGGCAGCAUAGACACGCAGCAGGGACAGAAGCCCCGGUCACCGGAUAAAGAGCGCGGCUACGACAUGUAUCAGCACCGGCGCAAGACAUCAUGGAUCGACGAGGACGCGCUUCACGGCCCAACUAUCACUUCUCCGGGGAAGUCAAAACAGAAGCACAAGAGGAAAGUGAGCUGGUUCGACGGUGGUUUAGGCCGCUCCUUAAGCCGCCUCUCGACGAGAAGUGGUAUAGGGGAAGUGAGCCCUACUUUGCCGUAUACCGAGACGGGAAUAGAAGAGCAGCUCAACACUCCUGCUGACAGUACCAACGAGCAGAUGAGCGUAGCACCUCAGGAUGCAAACCUCACCGGAUACACAGCAACACCACGUCAGAGUCAACAUCAGCCCCAGGUAUAUACCAGUCCACAGAAGUCAUACGGGCCCUCGAAUAACCCAAGCCCCGGAUCCGCCUCCAACAGCCCUUCAAAGUCACCGCCGGAUAUCAUCCAUAACCCACGAUACCGUAACAGGGUCUCGUUCCAAGCCGCCCAACAACUAGCCGGCGGAGCGCGUCUGCCAGCCCCUAUUAGUAUUCCGCAGGGGCAGACGCAGAGACCGCCGGUAUUAAAACACAGCGCAACGGACACGGAACUAACGGAAAUUCUGCGCAUGACCGAAGAGAGGUUGCAAGACGGGAAUAGGAGCGCGCGACGGCAGACUCUAAUGGCCCCUCCGUAUACCCCUGGACGGGUACUUAACGGAGGGAUUCACGGUAACCACUAUGGGGGAUAUACGGACUUCAGCUACGAGACUCCCGGCAGAGGGGACGUUAGUCCCGUGAAGAGCCACAAGAGCGCCCCGGCAACAAUGUCGUAUGCAGAAUUAGAAGGAUCUACUCCAAAGCCGCAGCUAUCUCAACGUCAGAUGCGGACUCCUGGGCAUUCGCGACAGCAAUCCCAUGUAUCUAGGAUGUCACAAGUUUCCAUGCUAUCGGAACCGGAUAGCCUCGUUGUGUCUAAGAGGGAGUCGUAUCAAGACGUACGAACCGCUUUAUCCAGCCCGAGCCGGGUUAACAGGUCGGCAGAACCUAGUCCUAGCCCGCAAGGGAGCCAGCCGGCUCGCCCAUUCUCAAACGGCAGUACCUUGUCUUCCGCUUUAUCAACACUAUAUAGCAUGGAAGAAGCAUCUGUUCGUAGCCCGCCGGUCGACUCGAGACAAGAGGGCAGCAUAGAGAGGCGCGCCCCCGGCGAAGUUCUUUCCAGUCACGAGGUGCUCUCUCCAAGCAGAAACCCCGAGACAAACCCAGAGCGAAAUCCCAAGUCUCGCGUCAAGGAGGAAGAAGUACCUCCUCCAUUACGAAUUCGUCGAGGAACCUUAGGCAUGGACACAUCGCCUGCGCAUCAGUUACCCCUGCAACAGAGCAUAGAAGCCAACACUAUACCCAGACGUAAACCAUCAUUCACGCUCCCAUCGUCAGACGAAAACGACGACGACGACGACCCAUUCACCAUGUCAACUCCACCGCCGCAAAACCCCGCUCGUUUAUCAAAGGUCUUCUCACCACUUCCCGCUGAACCACCCCGUAAACAGUCAGACGCGAAGCAUCCCGCGCACAAAAGAACCAUAUCCCAAGAAAGCGCCUCCAUCUCAACCCCAACGCCCUCGCCCUCGCGCAGACGAGUAUUACCCUCCCCCCGAUCCAUACUCAACUCGCCCACCUUCGCCAACCGACAACGCGCCCCCAGCCCCGUAGUCUCCGAAGCCGGGCUGUCAUCCGUAUACGACAGCUACAACUACAGCUACAGCGAUAUCGCAGCCGACAACCCCCACGCCUCGCCCGAGAAACUCGUGCCGACGAUAUCCAACUCGGGCCGAUCCUCACGAAUCGGGUUCCGCAUCCCGAACUACGGACAAGCCGAGGAACCGCGGCAGUUCAACCACGAAUCCAUAUCAUGGGUACCAGCAUCGCCGCCGCCGCCGCUGCGGCGCGGCAUGCCCUCCGACGGGUCCAUAUACUCGCAAGACGAAGACCAAGUCCCACCACUGCGCGCGCAGACCAUCAAGCGAAGCAAGACGGUGCGCAUGUCAACAGCGAUAACCGAGCUGCGGCGCAUGAAUAGCCAGCUAAGCACCAUGAGCGACAUCAGCGUUGCCAGUUCGACGGUCGUAGGGAUGCGAGGAGGUGGAUUCAGUCCCGGGCGACACAGCGGCGGUGUGAGGAAUUAUCUUGCGCUGGGAGGGGAUCUGAAGAGUAGUAGCGGUGGUGACAGAUUCUCACAGUCGAGCGGUACUAUCAUUCGCAACGCCAGUUCUAGUUCCAAUACCAAUGCGAAACACGGCAGUCCUUUACGACGAAGUGGCGCUGGGAGAAGUCGUCGGGGAACGGUGGUGGUGCAAGGGCUAGAUGCCAAAAGGGGGAGUAACAUCGGAACAGACGCCGUGAAGCACGCCAGCCAGAUCAUGACGCAUGCCACGAAGCUAAGCCGCGAAGAGGCGACGGCUAAGCGGUUGAGUGUUGAAAGUUUGUACGACGCGAAGGGGUUCCUGAAGGGCUAGGCUAGUUGUAAACGCCGCGGUUUUAUACACCACGCUCCCGACGAGCGCAAUAUUUCCUCUGUCAUGUAAACACAGUGUGCUGAUAUCUUUAACAUUCGUCGUAUAUUAUAUAUGUAUAUCCUGUUAUGUAACUGGGUUGGGUUAGGGGGUUCCAAUAUAAUAGUUAUUUGAAUUUCCAGAGCCUCUAUCCUUGACUUUUAGACACCGAGGAUAUACUAGGGAGACAUUAGGUACCCUAGAAGAUACCGUAAUAAUCGGACUAUUCAACUCUCCUAAUGAACUACCGUAAUCAAAUCCAGUAUUAAUCAAGCUUCAAGGGGUAUCCAUCUAUCCUAGC